AGCUUUUGGGCACCAACCGCUCCGUCCUCUUCUUUGGCCACCAAGGCUUCCUGGGCUUCCGCUCCCUCUACCUGGAUGAGUACCGUGACCGGCUCUUCAUCGGGGGGAAGGAUGUGCUCUACUCCCUGCUCCUGGACAGGGCCAGUGCGGACGCCAAGGAGAUCUACUGGCCACCCCUCCCUGGGCAAACAGAGGAGUGUUUUCAGAAGGGGAAGGACCCAGGGUGUGAGCAGGAUCACGACAGGGAAGGACAUCCCUGCAUCUGGUCACGUCCUGGGCGCCAGGAAGAGGAAGGUCCCCAAGGGUUUGGGCUGGGUGUAGGAGCUGCUGCUGGGAGCUUGCUGGGCGGGGAGCUGUACACCGGCCUCACCGCGGAUUUCUUGGGCCGUGAUCCCGGCAUCUUCCGCAGCAUGGGGACCCGCUCCGCCCUGCGCACCGAGGUGGACCAGCGCUUGCUCAACGACCCCAAAUUUGUGGCAGCCCCCUUGAUCCCGGACAAUGAUGACCAAGACAACAACAAAGCCUAUUUCUUCUUCACGGAGAAGGUGGUGGAGACAGACAGCAAGGAGCAUGCCAUCGUCAGCCGGGUGGCACGGGUCUGCGUGAAUGAUGCUGGAGGCCAGAGAGUGCUGGUCAACAAGUGGAGUACGUUCAACAAAGCCCGGCUUGUGUGCUCUGUCCCCGGCCCUGGUGGCAUCGAUACCCACUUUGAUGAGCUGGAGGAUGUCUUCUUGCUGAGGACAAAGGAUAGGAAGAGCCCAGAGAUCUACGCCCUCUUCAGCACCACCAGUCACGUCUUCCAGGGCUCUGCCGUCUGUGUGUACAGCAUGGCUGACAUCCGGGAGGUCUUCAACGGGCCCUUCGCCCACCGGGAGAGCCCCCACCACCAGUGGGGCGCCUACGAGGGCAGGGUGCCCUACCCACGGCCGGGUGUGUGUCCCAGCAAGACCACCAAUCAGCCCCGGCAGCAGUACGGCACCACCAAGGACUUCCCCGAUGAGGUGCUGCACUUUGCCCGUGCUCACCCCCUCAUGUACAAGCCCGUGUACCCCCGGCACCGCCGGCCCCUCCUCGUGAAGACCAACCUGCCCCACCGCCUGCGCCAGCUCGUGGUGGACCGGGUGGAGGCCGAGGACGGGCAGCACGACGUCCUCUUCCUCGGGACAG